AACAAGGCGGUGUGGUGAGAAGAAGCGCUUCUUCGAUCUCCUCCUCUUCUUCUUCCUCUUCCUCUUCCUCUGUAGUAGAGUUUGCGGAUUCGCACCAUUGUUGAGGUCGAUGACGAAGGUGUACCCCAACGCGGCGUCCCCGGCGCUCGAUCUCUCUACGAGCUCCGCCGCGUGCUGCGGCGGCGGGGAGGGGCGGCGGGAGGAGGCGGCGGCGCUCACGGUGUGGACGAAGUCGCUCCUCUUCAACUGCAGCGGGUUCACGGUGUUCGACGCGAAGGGGAACCUCGUGUACCGAGUCGACAACUACGGAUCGGGCGCCAAGGGGGAGGUCGUGCUCAUGGACGCCGCGGGGAAGGCCCUGCUCACGAUCCGGCGAAAGAGGCUGAGUUUGGGGGAUCACUGGGUGAUCUACGACGGGGAGGAGACGAUUCGCCCCCUCUACUCCGUGAAGCGGCACAUGAACCUCCGCCACUCCAAAGCCCUAGCGCACGUCACCCCCUUCGGCGGCGGCGGCGGCGGCGACGCGGCGUUCGAGAUUGAGGGAUCGUACGCGCGGCGGAGCUGCGUGGUGUACGACGCGCGGCGGAGGGCGGCGGUGGCGGAGGUGCGGCGGAAGGAGGCGGCGGCGAACGGCGGCGCCGCGUUCGGCGCCGACGUGUUCCGCUUCGUCGUCCAGCCGGAGCUCGACGCGUCGCUCGCCAUGGCGAUCGUCAUCGUCCUCGACCAGAUGUUCGGCCCCCGCCCCUCCCUCAUCAGGAGCUGGUCCUCCUAAACGCGCUUCCUUUUUAGUCUUCGGCUUGGCCCAAAAGCGCUUUUGCGCCCUUCGGAAUUUCGGAAAUGGCAAAUUUUAAGAGCUUUGUUUGAUUUUGGGGCCCUUUUUUUUGGUGCGGGGUUUUCGUUUUCCGUUUCCUUUUUUUUUUCAAAAAAAAAAAAAAAAACUCUCUCAUAAACCUUGCGCCAAGUUAUAUAAUUUUCGUGUACAUAUAUAUAUCUGUAUUUAAUGAUGCUUUAUGCAAUAGCAGUUGGAGAGGAGGGGUGGCGAGUGUAUCUUCAUUUGCUAGUUAGUGAAACGAAUUUUGAUUUUUCUUUUGAA